CCUCCCCGCAGCCUGCAGUUUCAAGGCCCCCUCCCUGCUUCUCCUGGGAGCCCUGAGACCUGCGCCUUAGCUCACGAUGGGGAACCACUUGACGGAGAUGGCGCCCGCUGCCUCCUUCUUGCCCCACUUCCAGGCCCUCCAUGUUGUGGUCAUUGGGCUGGACUCGGCUGGAAAGACCUCCCUCCUUUACCGCCUCAAGUUCAAGGAGUUUGUCCAGAGUGUCCCCACCAAAGGCUUCAACACCGAGAAGAUCCGGGUGCCCUUGGGGGGAUCCCGUGGCAUCACUUUCCAAGUGUGGGACGUCGGGGGACAGGAGAAGUUGCGACCUCUGUGGCGCUCCUACACCCGCCGCACAGACGGGCUGGUGUUUGUGGUGGACGCUGCCGAGGCCGAGCGGCUGGAGGAGGCCAAAGUGGAGUUACAUCGAAUCAGCCGGGCCUCGGACAACCAGGGUGUGCCCGUGCUGGUGCUGGCCAAC